AUGGAUCUGAAAUUUUUAUGGAUUACAAUAGUUUUGGAAAUCUUGUGCGUUGUUGCGAAUGGUAAUUUAGUUUUUCAGGUGGAGCGCCGGAAAACGAAUUUAAGUGGAAUUAAAGAUCACGAUGAUCGCCGCCGAGGUAGAUUUCUCUCCACCGUUGAUAUCAGCCUCGGCGGUAACGGUGUUCCUACUCAAACCGGGUUGUAUUACACAAAACUCGGGCUUGGCUCUCCGAAGAAGGACUACUAUGUUCAAGUUGAUACAGGAAGUGAUGUUCUAUGGGUGAAUUGUAUUGAGUGCUCAAGAUGUCCCAAGAAAAGCGAUAUCGGUAUGGACUUGACUCUCUAUGAUCCAAACGGGUCUGAUACUUCGGAGUUAAUUGCUUGCGACCAUGAGUUUUGCUCUUCGACGUAUGACGGUCCAAUUCCUGGUUGUAAAGCGGAAACACCCUGCCCUUAUAGUAUAACUUAUGGAGAUGGAAGUGCAACUACCGGAUACUAUGUUAAGGAUUUUCUUACUUUUGAUACUGUCACUGGAAACCUCCAUACUGCAUCAGAAAAUAGCAGCAUCAUUUUCGGGUGUGGCGCUGUACAAUCUGGCUUAUUGGGUUCAUCUAAUGACGAAGCCCUUGAUGGAAUAAUUGGUUUUGGACAAGCGAAUUCCUCUGUGCUUUCACAGCUUGCUGCAUCGCGAAAGGUGAAAAAAAUAUUUUCACACUGCCUUGACACUAUUCGUGGUGGUGGAAUAUUUGCCAUAGGGGAAUUGGUGGAACCAAAAGUCAGUACAACUCCAUUGGUACCUAAUAUGGCACAUUACAAUGUUGUUUUGAAGAAUAUUGAGGUUGAUGAUGAAAUUCUACAGCUUCCCUCGGAUAUAUUUGAUUCUGGAAAUGGAAAGGGGACAGUGAUUGAUAGUGGAACAACCUUGGCUUAUCUUCCUGACAUAGUUUAUGACCAACUAAUUCCUAAGGUUUUGGCUCGGCAGCCUGGAUUGAAAUCAUCUAUUGAAGAGCAAAAUUUUCACUGUCUUUGGUAUUCGGGAAAUGUUGAUGCUGGAUUUCCAGUUGUCAAGCUACAUUUCGAGGAUUCUCUUUCUCUGACAGUUCAUCCUCAUGACUACCUGUUCCCAUAUAGGAAUGGUGCUAUGCAGUGCAUUGGCUGGCAGAGAAGUGUAACAGAGACUAAGGAUGGAAAGGACAUGACACUUCUUGGAGAUUUGGUGCUAUCAAACAAACUAGUCUUAUAUGAUCUUGAGAAUAUGGCCAUUGGAUGGGUUGACUACAAUUGCUCUUCCAGCAUUAAAGUGAAGGAUGCAACAACUGGAGUAGUACAUACAGUGGGUGCACACAAUAUUUCUUCAGCUUCUACCUUUUUAAUUGGUAGAACAUUGACAUUCUUUUUGUUGCUAACUGCCAUGCUAAACAUUUUUUUAACUAGGUUUUGA